AUGGAUCCUCUUAGCAUCACAGCCAGCAUCAUUGCGGUCCUCCAAGCAGCCAAUGCGGUCAUAUCCACAUGCUAUGAUUUCAAAGCCUUGUUGAAAGAUACGCCGUGGGCCCUCACCCGCAUCAUCUCCGAAGUGAAGGAUUUGCGCAAUGUUCUCGAAACUCUCGAUCAACUGACUGAGCCGACGCGGAACUCGACUACUUCCGUUAAAAAGAAGCGACGCUUUGAGAUCCUCUGUGACCCUCAGAACGGUCCGCUAUCCACAUGUCUGUGCGAACUGAAUGCCUUGGAACAACUGCUGGGGACUCGCUCCCGCCACCAACCUGGUUCCCUGACCAAAGCGCUGCUGCAAGCUGUGACGUGGCAGACGAAGGAGAAGGAGGUACGAUUGUCGUUGGAAAAAAUCGAGCGAUGCAAGAGUACUCUCAACUUGGCCAUCACAGCAGACGAAGCAUCCGUCCUCCAUGACAUCCAGGACAUGACAUCCUCUAUGGCAGCCGCUGUAGAGAGUAUGGGGACGAAUAUCGAGCAGCUUGUUCAGCGACAAGAAGUGAAAGAACUUGACCAGGCUCAGAAAAGCAUAUUACACUGGCUAUCAGCCACUGACCCAUGGGAAAGCCAUAAUGCUGCGGUAAAAGCUCAUCAGGAGGGCACCAAUAGCUGGUUUAUGGAUUGUGAAGAGUUCAACCAAUGGAUCACAGCGAAAAGGGCUUUUCUCUGGCUCAGCGGGUUUCCGGGCGCCGGGAAAACGAUUUUAUUCUCCAAUACCGUCAAUUACCUGUGUCGACAACUGAAUAGCCUUCAAGAUGGCACCCAGAUGGCCUUCUGCUAUUGCGACUUUCGGAGAAGCGAGACCCAAGAUGUUGUGAAUAUGGCAGGAUCUCUGCUCUCGCAACUCUGCUCUCACACGGGUUUUAUUCCUGAGGAACUUGAAGAAGCGUUCCACCAAAGCCAAAGCGGUGGCACGACCAAACGACCGACCUUGUCUCUGAUAGGGAGAAUUUUGGAGAUUCUUGCUGUCGAGUCCAAGGUGAUGCUCCUGGUCGAUGCAUUGGACGAAUGUACGCAACGACAGGAGGCAGCUGCAUUCUUGUCUGACCUGCAGAGAACGCUCCCGCAUACGAGAGUCCUGGUUACAAGUCGCGAUGAACCCGACAUACAAGCAGGCCUGCAUUCAUUCACACAAGUACGUAUUGAAGACCACUUAGACGAAGUCAAUGAAGAUGUGCAGUCAUAUAUUACCCGACGUCUGUCGUCGGAUCGGAAGCUACAAUGGCUCAACUCGUCGGUGAGGGAGGACAUUUCUUCCCUCCUAAUUGAGAAGUCUUGUGGAAUGUUUCGAUGGGUCCAAUGCCAGCUUGACGCAAUUGCAAACCUGCGAACUGUCAAAGCCAUUCGGACUGCUUUGAACGAGCUGCCCAAAGGACUGGAUGAAACGUAUGACAAAAUUUUGAUCAAAAUUUCACCUCCUGAUAUCGAAAUUGUCCGCCGAAUUCUUCUCUGGGUCUCGUUUACAGUGUUUCCUUUGACGCUGAGAGAGGUUCACGAGGCUGUCGCCAUCGAACCCGAUCUCGACCAUUUGGAUGAAGAAUCUCGAUUACGCAGUCCCCAAGAUAUAUUGGACCUUUGCAGUAGUCUUGUCCAUGUCUCCGAAGAAGGGCACAUUAGACUGGCUCACUUGUCAGUGAAAGAAUAUCUCACAUCACCAGGCAUUCGCAAAAAAGAAGCAGUCUCGGUAUUCGCCCUUGAGUCCAACAGUGCCAACCUGGAGCUGGCAAAGUAUUGUCUGACCUACCUCUUUUUCAACAACCUUUCAUCAGGCCCAUGCCCAACAUCCCAGACCUACACGGAAAGAAUGAUUCGAUAUCCACUAUUGCAAUACGCCGCGGUGUGUUGGACUUAUUUUGUCCGAGAAACUACACCGACGCCAGAGUUACGACAGUUCAUUUCCAGAUUCUUCAGCCCGCUGUGUCGCUCGACUUUCAUGUCCUGGGUCCAAGUCUUGAAUGCUGUCCAUGCGAGUUGGGAUUUCUAUCCUCGGCACACCACUCCAUUAUAUUAUGCCGCCUCUUUUGGCCUUACGGAGACAGUGGCCGACAUGAUCACCAAUCCUGAAGUCGACUUGAACGCUCCGGGAAGUCGUUUUGGCGGUACCGCUCUCCACGCAGCAGUCUUGCGACAGCACACUUCUGUCAUGAAAGUUCUCCUCGAUGCAGGAGCCGAUCCCAACCAGCCGGACUGGAACAAGAUCUAUCCGCUUCACACGGCCGCGAGUUAUGGCAAUGAAGAAGUCGUCAAGUUGCUUUUAGACUCCGGCGCGUCUCCCGAAGUUCAUGACGAAGAGGAGAGGACACCAGGCGAAUGGGCUCUUGAAGCGGGUAGCUUGGAAGCAGCUAGACUAGUCUUCAAUGCCAUUCAACUGCCCUUUAGAGAGGGAACUGAAGUGACUGGAGUCAGUUUUACGGAAUCUUGGAGCGAUGAUAAAUUCCUCACCCCCUCGAAAGCUUCCAAGAGUAUCGUCAUUAGCCGGACGCAAGACGAAAGCAAGAAUUCUAUCACGGACGGCCUCAGAAAAUUGGCAGCCACUCAACAAGUAUGCAAGAACAACAAUGAAAAUCUGAUCUGCGAUCAGGACAUCUCUAUUCAAGAGAGAAAAGACGAUCGCACAUCCACCACCACGGUUUCCCAUGAUGACCACCAACAGCAACUACAAAAAAGGGCUCAUUCUUCUUGGACUCUCCUUCAGAAACAGAAGGAACGAACCACGAACAAAAUGCCAUAA